AUGAGAUGGGGGGACACACGGACCAACGCCGAGUAGAUACUCACCAAUAACCUCUGCGCAGGGAACGGGACGCACGGACUAAAAGGUCGUCUUGAGCCCCGACGUACCUUUUACCUCACCGGAGAGCCUAAUUCUAUUCCCGCUCGGCUUUCUUCGCCUGUUGCCCGUCUGUCCCGAGCGAGAUGCCCCGAGCUCUGAUCAGCGCGAGCUUCGGCUCGUCCGUGUGGCUCGUGCUGCUGGUACAGUCUCUGGUUUCCUCCUCCGUCACCGACAAGAAACCGGUUAGCGGCGGCGGCGGCAGGCGCGCGGGCUUCCUGGAGAGAACGCUGAUCCUGCUGGACGUGCAUACGCGCAGCCCCGUGAAGGUCCUGAACGAGAACUUCCUCUCGCUGCAGCUGGACCCCGCCAUCAUCUCCGACGGCUGGGUGGACUUCCUGAGUUCCAAGCGGCUGGUGACGUUGGCUCGUGGUCUGUCCCCGGCGGUCGUGCGUUUCGGUGGGAAGAGGACCGAUUUCCUGCGAUUCGAGAACCUGAAAAGCAAAACACGUGGACCAGGACCUGAUUACUACCUGAAGAACUACGAAGACGAUAUUGUGCGGAGUGACAUUGCGCUGGACAAGAUGAAGGGCUGCCGUGUGGCGUCUCACCCUCCCAUGAUGCUGGAGCUGCAGAGGGAGAAGGCGGCCCAGAUGCACCAGGUCCUGCUGAAGGAGCAGCAAGACAACAUAUACAGCCAGACCACCAUAACGGCCAGGUCGUUAGACAAACUGUAUAACUUUGCGGACUGCGCGGGGCUCCACCUGCUGUUUGGGCUCAACGCGCUGCAGCGCCACGCUGCCCCCUUCUGGAACGGAAGCAACGCGCUCAGCCUGCUGAAGUACAGUGCCAGCAAGAAAUACAACAUGUCCUGGGAGCUGGGCAAUGAGCCUAAUGGCUAUGGUGAUCUGGGCGUGCGCGGCGUGAACGGCUCGGUUCUGGCAGAGGACCACCAGCAGCUGCGACGCCUCCUGCAGUCGGUCCGGUUCUACAGCAGGAGCGCCCUCUAUGGACCCAACACGGGAUUGCCGCGCAAGACACACAUGCCCACGCUGGACGGGUUCCUGAGGGCUGGGGGCUCCAUGGUGGAUGUGGUGACCUGGCAACAGUAG